AUGCUUCCACUGGAGGGUCGCAGUUUGUCCAUCUUUGUUGUUACUACUAUUUUCUUGGGUCUUUCUUUUAUCGCUGUCUGCCUACGAUGCUUUGUUCGAAUCAAGCUAGUCAAGGCCUUUGGCUGGGAUGAUGGCCUGAUGGUCUUUGCAAUGCUUUUGAACAUUCUCUUUGCAUUAUGUGGUAUUACCGGCGCACUAUACGGCAUUGGCCAGAGAACGGAGGUGUUGAUAAAACGAGGCACCAUGGAAACCGCAAUGUUUUGGUGGUGGCUCGGCCAAACAAUGUACGUCUGGGUCUGCAGUGUCGCAAAGGCUUCGAUCGCCCUCGCCUUGCUUCGCCUUACCGUCUCCCGAGUGCACCGACUGGCCCUAUGGGCUGUUAUCGCCGUGACCACGAUCAUCGGUCUAGUUUUCUGGUUCAUGUUGACAUUACAAUGCCACCCGAUUUCAUUCUUCUGGCAGCGAGUUCGAGAGUAUAAUACACCACCCGAGUUCGUCAGUGGCUCGUGUGUCAAUCUCGACGGCAUCAUCGAUAUCGCCUAUGUCUACAGUGUCACCGCCACGUGCUGUGAUCUGACCCUAGGACUCUUGCCUGUUUCCCUCGUCUGGAAUCUGCAAAUGAAUGCCCGGACCAAGGCUGCAUUGGCUGGUAUUCUUGGCAUGGGAUGCAUUGCAAGCGCAGCUGUCAUCAUUCGCAUUCCUUUCCUGCACGAUUACAAGGACGAAAACUUCCUCUAUGCAACUACCAACAUCUCCAUUUGGUCCAACGUCGAGGCUGGUCUCGGUAUCGCCGCAGGCAGCCUCGUCACUCUCCGUCCACUCUUUCGCUGGUUUCGUGACCCCAGCUCCGUCGGUACCCGGAGCAAGCGCACUGGUGGCAGUGUCCCCUUGGAUAGUGUGAACGCAGCACGCUCCGGUGAUCCCUCUGGCCCACGGUACUGGCGACCGGAUCUCGAUCCCGAGGAGGCACAUGUGAUCACUACUGUUCACACAUCGAAUCAGGAUAGUCGCACGAGUAGCCAGGAGGACUUGAACCCUCAUAAAGGGACGUUCUUUCGUGGGGUGAAUGUGCAGAAGACUUUCUUUGUUUCGGAGGACGAGUCAUAG